AAUAUUCAACAGCUGAAUGCGGUAAAUGAGCUGCGGAGUGUGCGGUGCCAAGAGUUCAGAAUCCCAUUUCGGUGGACUUUCUUGCAGAGCAUGCGCUGCAUUCUUCCGACGAUAUGUAAAUUCAAAAAAGCCACAGAUUGAAUGUACAUGCUCUCAGAAAUUCGAUUCAUCUGGACCUUGUAGAUACUGUCGAAUGCUAAAAUGUGUUGAAGUUGGAAUGGCAAAAUGCAAAGUUCAAGCAACCAGACAAAAGAACAAAGAAUAUGUGUUCUUGCCAUGUGCAAUUACCAAUAUCUCAUUAUUAUCGUGCAAUAUCAUUCCAAGGUCUUGCUCAAAACUUACGUGUACUGUGAAGAAUUGGCCAGAUUUGGAUAAAAAACGGAGAGAUUUGUAUGGGGGAUCUAUGUAUAAUUUAAAUUUCACUCAAUUCUCAAAUAGGGUCAGACAAGACACUACUAUUUUUUGGGAUCUUGCCGAAUCAAUAUUUUCUGAAAUUGGACUCUUGAACUCGGAUGAUAAAGAUGCCCUCCUCUGCAACUUUUUCCCACGAUGGAUGCUUAUGGAGGCUGCCAUAGAAUAUUGUAAGAAUUAUGAGCACCAUUGGAAAAUGAUCGAAACAGACGGGUUGGAUAAUAUGCUACUGGUGUUUUACGGAUCAUCAAUGCCAAAAGAAAAACGACUGGAUGAUGAUAAAAUAAUCCAAAUUUUUCGUCCAUAUUGGACCAGGUUUUAUAUAGAAAUCGCAGAGCCUAUACAUCAGGAGAAGUGUGAUAAAGUCGAGUUUAUGGCUUUGUUUUUAUUAAUCCUUUUUGAUGAUGCCUAUUUAAACAUUAGUGAAGAAGCUGCAAAGCUGUGUCGUAACUUGCAAAAAGUGAUUCUACGUGAGCUGAAAGGAUAUCAAAUGGACAAUAAUUGCUCUGAAAUGAGAUUUAUGGAUGUGAUCUCAAAACUCUCGCUUUUUGAACGAGGAGAGAAACGAUUGCAAGAAGAAAUUGUCAUUUGUGAUGUGAUUGAUAUUUCUUUAGACGAGGAUUUCAAAACUAUUAUGCAUAUUAAAAAGCUUUAAUUUUCAAGAAGGGAAUUAUGAUCUCUGUAUAAAAACCAGGAAGUCUGUCAAAGCCACUCUGCUCUUUCUGAAAACCAAUGGAAUAAAAUUGCACUUUUUUU